GAAGCCAAUGAUCUGAACUAACCAAUGCAAAAAGAAGUAAUCAUGCCACAAUGGAAAAUGAACUGUUCUGUAUGGGAGAGAAGAUUUAUUUUGUUUAUCUUUCAAGGAUGGAUUUCCCUAUCUUUCUGUGAGGAUUGGUCGUUCACAUUCCCAGAAUCCAUCACUGUCUUUACAAGUUCCAGUGUCACUAUACCUUGCACAUUCACCUCUCCCAAAGGCUACAGCGAUGUCCAUAUAAUCUGGUACACUUACAAUGUUUUUAGCUACACACAAGUUUUCAACAGCAAAGACCCCUCUGCAGUGUUACCGAAAUACCGAGGUCGGACUUUCCUCGUGGGAAAUGACACAAACAGUUGCUCGUUGAGGAUUGAUAAUGUUAUUGAAAAAAAAUAUUUUUAUCCAGGAAUAAAUGACAAUAUAAACUCUCUUAAGCUCCAGAGAAAGAAAGUACAUGUCAUUAUCUCAGACUGGAUAUUUAUAUUCCCAGAAUUCAUUCAAGCAUUGAACGGUUCGUGUGUGGAGAUUCCCUGCUCGUUUACUUACAAGAAACAUAAUGAUGAUUCCAAUUUGAUUUGGUUUAGUUACCAUCUAACACAUUAUCCUCAAAUAUUCAAUAAAAGAAACCACCCUUUUGUGGAAUCAGAUUAUAAAGGCCGUACAUCGCUGGUGGGAAAUGGACCAAAUAGCUGCUCUUUGAGGAUUGAUAAUGUGCAACAUAAUGAACAAUACUUUCCUGGAAUAAGCAACUAUAUAAAUUCAUACACUCUUCUCAAUCAAAAAAUAAUUAGGGUCAACGUCACAGAUUCGCUUUUUAUACCACUAAUAAAAGGAGCUGAUGACUUGCAAGAAGGGAAGACAGGGAGUAUAUUCUGCACUGUACUGCACACCUGUUCCUCAAGCCCACCUUCUCUAGAAUGGAACAAGGCUGGACAUCCUAUCAGUGUGCGACAUGAGGACAUCUCAGGAGGCUAUUGGAGAGUUGAAUCAGAAAUCAGAUAUUCUCCUUCCUAUCAGGAUCAUAACACAAGCCUUAAAUGCACUGCUACAUUCCAAAAUGGGAAACAAUUUCAUCAAAACACCAUCUUACGUAUCAGACCCAGCUGUCAAUAUACUCUGAUAUUUGGGGUGACUGGAGCCACCUGUUUUGUCAUGUUUCUGUUGAACAUCUGUCUGUGUUGGAGGUUGAGAAAGAGUCGAGGCGCUGCACACCGCAAUGAGGAUUCCUCCAAAUAUGAUGCCACAUAUGCCGAUCUUCAAAAGAAAGAUAUAGACCCAGACUAUGAUGAGCUGAUCAGAAUUUAUCACCAAGUUGACGCUGGAAAGACCAAUUUCAAGAAGCCAGCGCAACCGCGAAAUCUUUGAAAACACAGCGGAAUGUGUGCUAGCUGAUGACCUGGAAAAUAAAUAUAUCGCAUAUAACUAAUAAACGUAUUAUUGUGAAAAAAUAUAUUAUAAUUGAAAUAAAUAGGAAAUACAACUGUUCAAAGAUUGUUGCAAUUAUGUAUUUAACAUGCUCACAGCUGUGAAUUAUAUGCUUAUAUUGAGAGCGUGAUUUUCCCAAGUGACAUUGGGUCACUGGCAUCUUUUUCUGUCUUUCGACCUGUGAUUGCCCAGGAUCCUGCCUUGUUAAAGUUCUCACUUUAAGUCUAUAUCUAUCCUUCCGUCUCUCUUCCUGUGACUUGCACACUUUCCGUCCCUUCUGACUCAUCUUCUUCAUGAUUGUUUAAAACUUAACUGGUCCAGCAACUCAAGUCUUUUCUCCUUAAAUUAUUGCUUCACAAAUUUCACCUGCCAUAGUAGGAAAUUUGAAAAUACGUAUACACAAACUCCCAGAAUU